AUCGGAUUUGAUUUCUUUCAUCUGGAGCUGAGCAUCCGCAAAGCCUCUUCUUCUCCUUGUGUAUCCUGCUGCGAAUUGAACCCAUCUCUCCUGUAAUCCCUCUUCCACCAUGGCUUCCGCAGACGAGCUCAAAGCUCUAGGCAACAAGGCCAUUGCUGAGAAAAAAAAACCACAUCCUCUACUCCAACCGAUCGGCCGCCUAUGCUUCCAAAAAGGACUGGGACAAUGCACUGAAGGAUGCCGAUAAGACGACCGAAAUCAAGCCCGACUGGGCCAAGGGCUGGGGACGCAAAGGUGCUGCUCUUCAUGGCAAGGGAGACUUGCUGGGGGCCAACGACGCCUACGAAGCAGCUCCGCGCUGCUGAGCGAGCAAAGACUGAGGCAGCCAAACAGGCCUACAUUGACCCGGCCAAGGCCGAAGAGGCUCGUGAAGAGGGCAACAAGAAGUUCAAGGAAAUGGACUUCCCUGGAGCCGUAGCCGCUUAUUCCGAGAUGAUUAAGCGUGCACCAGAAGACCCCAGAGGCUACAGCAACCGUGCUGCUGCCUUUGUCAAGCUAUUUGAGUUCCCUAGCGCAGUAGACGACUGCAACUUGGCCAUUAAGAAAGACCCAGCAUUUAUCCGAGCCUACAUCCGAAAGGCCCAGGCUUACUUCGGCAUGCGCAAGUACUCUGAAUGCGUGGAUGCCUGCGACGAGGCUAUGCGGGUUGAUGUCGAGCACCACAAGGGUGCCAACGCCCGUGAGAUUGAGCAGCAGCAGCAGAAGGCUCUCUCAGCCAUGUACUCAGCCCGAGAGAAUGAGACAGAGGAGCAGACAAGACAGAGACUGAUGCAAGACCCAGAGAUCAUGGGCAUAAUGCAAGAUCCAGUCAUGCAAUCCAUUUUGCAACAAUCACAAUCUGACCCAAUGGCUCUGAACGAGCAUAUGAAGAACCCAAGUGUGCGAUCCAAGAUUCAGAAACUGAUGGCCGCGGGCGUCAUCCGAGUGGGAGGUCGAUAAAAGGCGUGAGAUUCCAAGUCGUUAUGUAAAUUUGCAAUAAUGAGCCAAUGAAAUUAAGUUACAUCUAAUGAUAACUACUAGCCCGUU